AUGAAGCUAGGCUUCGACUCGAACGUCGUCGCCAGCAUGUCACAAUUCCAACUUGAACAAUCAUCCGUCAUCAAAACUGCCCCUCCUGGGCGCCAACUCGAGUUCUCACCUAAGAAUGAACCGAUCGACUUGGCGCCGCUCACGCAGUCGAAUCUGCAGGAUCUGUCGAAGAUGCAGCCAAUCGACCUGAAUUACUACAAUACAAAUUACCAAAGAGCGUACGAGUACGCAGCGAUAGGACUCGGCGGGCAUAAUCAGUCCUCGCUAAUCCCCACUCCCUCAACUGCCGGCCAACUUUACUAUGGGUUCCCAAACGGUGUUGUGCAGCAGGACUGGGGACGGCCGAUGGAUACCUACACGGCCUACCCGCGAGCCUCUACCUUGCAAUACAACCCGCAGGAGAACCAACAGGAACGAGUGUACAAGGGAGUGGAUAUGCCAAGCCCGGUGGAUUCCGGGAUAGGAGCGGAUUUGUCGAUGAUCACCGGGGCGAAGGAAGAGUUCUUCCAAUCAGAUUCGAUGCUCGAUCGAUCGGCCGAACGAGCGCUGAGUCACAGGGAUUCGCCAGUAGUUAUACCAAAAUUACACAACCCGCUAGGUUUUCAAUAUGUUCUCGAAGCGCCGAUCUCGACGUCGAUCCGGAAGGAGGACGACCGGAUGACCUAUGUGAACAAGGGCCAGUUCUACACAGUCUCCCUCGACUACAUCCCCGACAUCAACAAGCCGCUGAAGAGCGUUACCGUCAAGGUAUGUGCUGUCGUUGUGUUGAGUUGUUUGCAUCGCUGUAACUGCCUCUGCUGCCGCCGCCGCGUGCUUUUCCUACAGUAG